AUGGCUAAGGCCCAUCUUUGGCGACUCAUUCGCCUGCGAAGUUUUUGCUGUAGUACUUCAUGUUUUUUGUUGAAGUCGACAUAUACUUCUUCUCAUUCCUUCCUAUCCACCAACACUGUUUCUUUUACAAUCACAUGCGACUUAGCCAUCUACCUUUUCCUCCUCUUCUUCUCCCCGAGCAUCAUUGCAGCACAGAACUGCUCAGCUGCAACCUGUAGCAGCAGUGCAAUCCGUAUUCGAUUCCCCUUCCAUUUGGAAGGCAGUCGAAGCCAACACUGUGGCUAUCCUGGUUUUAGUUUAAGUUGCAGCAGCAGCCUCCCAAGAAAGCCAGUUGUAAAACUUCCUAAUUCAGGGGAGUUUUAUGUGAGGAACAUAAAUUACAUUAAACAGCAGAUAAAUCUGUACGACCCAGAAAAUUGCCUCCCGGAACGGCUUCUGAGGUUGGAUCUUUCUGAGUCCCCAUAUUUGGGUGCUUAUCGCUUGAACUUCACGUUCCUGAGCUGUCCAAGGAACCCAGGCUUUCGCAGCUUUGGAGUCAUUGAUUGCCUUAGCAAUGGAACAAACACUGUUCUGGCCAUUUCUGAUAGUUUUUGGGCAUUUAAUAUGAUCUCCUACUUUUCUUGUGCGACUAUCGCAACUAUCCCGGUUCCAGUUCCUCGGCCAAUGAAAGAAGAGGAUGGGUAUUCGGUUGACUUCAAUAACAAUAAUCUUCAGCUGUCCUGGGAUAGACCUAACUGUAGAUCCUGUGAAAAGAACGGGGGAACGUGUCGUUUUAAGAACCACACCCGUCAAGAAAUCAGUUGCUUCGAUCAGAAAGCAGGCAACGGGGGGAGGGAGAUUGCCAGGAUAGUUAGCUUGUCAAUUACUCUACCGGUACUCAUUUGCGGGAUUGGAAUUGCAUGCCACAGAUGCUGCAGAAACAGGGUAAGCAGGGGAGGCGAUGAAUCGCGCAGUUCAGAGCAGACAAUCCUGCAACCAACAGUUGUGGCGGUUGGUCUGUCGGAGAAGACGAUUCAGACUUUUGCAAAACUGGAACUCGGAGAGAGUCGGCGCAUAGUGGGACCCAAUGAUGUUGUUUGCCCCAUAUGCUUAUCAGAGUAUCUCCCUAAAGAGGUCCUCAGGUGUAUACCAGAGUGCAAUCACUGUUUCCACGCAGAUUGCAUAGACCCCUGGCUCCGAAUGAACCAAAAAUGUCCGAUUUGCAGAAACUGUCCUUGUCCAAACGCUUGAUGCAGCCUCUUAUUCGUAGUCCGUGUUUCCCCCAUCAUCUAGCAUGUUAAUUUAGUUUUGUUUUGCCUCAGUUUGCCUUAUAUAUAUGUGCAUGUAGUAGCUUACUUCGACUUCACUCAAUGUAUCAUGUGCCAGCUCUGUGUCGGUUUGAGCUGCGCCCCUCUUAGAUUCAGCUCUGUUUUUUUUUUUUCCCCAUAUAUAUAAGACUUAAUUAAAUUUUA